AUGGUGGAGCAUGAAGAUAAUAACCGAUUAUGCUCCUUACCUGAUGAAAUUGAGAUUAGGCAGGCUGUUUUUGACCUUAAUCCAAACAGUGCCCCAGACCUGGAUGGAUUUGGGGGCUGUUUCUACCAAAGUUGUUGGCAGAUUAUAAAGGAUGACAUGGUGGAUUUUGUCCAGAGUUUUUUCAGGGGUGCUAACCUUACUAAAUUUUAUACCAGCACUUGUCUAGUGCUUAUUUCUAAGGUUGAGCAUCCAGCCUCUUUCACUGAGUUCAGGCCUAUAAGCUUAAGCAACUUCACCAAUAAGAUUUUGUCUAAGAUCUUAAGUAGCAGGCUAUUACCUAUGCUAAAUAAGUUAACAUCAGAAAACCAAAGUGAUUUUAUACCAAGCAGAAUGAUUACAGAAAACAUUCUUUUGGCUCAAGAAGUGAUUCAUGAUAUAAGAAAGGAGAAUGAGGGUGGUAAUAUGGUUCUCAAGCUGGACAUGUCCAAAGCUUACGACAGAGUUGAUUGGGAAUUUUUAACAGCAGUUCUCAAAAGAUUUAGAUUCUUUGAUUUACGGAUCAACAUGGUAUGGAGGCUGGUCUCUGGGAAUUGGUACUCUAUUUUGAUUAAUGGUCACAUGAGGGGUUUCCUCAAUUCCACUAGAGGGUUAAAACAAGGGGACCCCUUAUCCCUCUCUUUAUUCCUCCUAAGUGCUGAAGUUCUCUCCAAAAUGUUGAAUAUGCUUCCUCUUAACCAUCACUUCACUGGUUUCCAUAUACAGUCUCAAGGUCCUCAAAUCACUCAUCUUGCUUAUGCAGAUGAUGUGAUUAUUUUUUCCUCCGAAAAUCACAGGUCCAUAGAACUUGUUCUUCAACAGCUUUGGUUUUAUGAAAAGUGUUCUGGCCAGAAGAUCAAUGUGAACAAGAGCUGUUUUUUAGUAGCUCCCAAUACUAAUGAUUCUGUUGUUCAGUCCCUGAAAGUUUUCACUGGUUUCAAACAUUCUGUUUUCCCUAUAACUUAUUUGGGAUGUCCUUUGUAUGUGGGAAGAAAGAAAAUUGCAUUUUUCAAUGAGGUGGUUUCAAAGAUUGUGAGGAAGUCAAAUGGGUGGCAAGCUGUUGUUGAUCCCCCUAAAAUAGUGAUAAGACAAAUUGAAAGUUAUCUGGCCAGUUUCUUUUGGGGGUCAUCUAAUGGAAAACAAAGAUACCACUGGUCAUCAUGGGAUAAGCUAUGCUUCCCCACUAAGGAAGGUGUCCUGGGAUUCAGAAUCAUCCGGGAUAUUUCAGAGAGCUUUGCAUACAAAAGAUUGUGGAGAUUUAGGGCCAUUAGAUCCUUAUGGUCUGAAUUUUUGAAUGCCAAAUAUUGUAGAAGGGUUGGACUUGUAGAGAGGAAAUUUCAGUCUGGUCAAUCUCACUGUUGGAAGAAACUCAUGGAGGUUAAAUUUGAAGCUGAAAAGAACAUUCUCUGGAGAGUUAACAAGGGAGAGAUCAAAUUGUGGUGGGAUAAUUGGACAGGGCAACGGGCUCUUGCCAACUCAUUCCAUGUAGAGGGUGCAAACUCUAAGAUGUUGAUCAAGGAUGCUAGACAGAAUGAAGUGUGGAAUUUCCUUGAAUUUCAUCAACUCCUUGAAUACCUUAUUGAACUCUUUCAGUCCAUUGAGUUUGGUGACCCUAACCUCCCGGAGCAUGCCAUCUGGAUGUCGUCAAUUUUUGGUAAUUUUACCACCAAGACUGCCUGGAAGUUGGUGAGGCAAACCAGAACCAAUAUUAACACCCUUGAAAAAAUAUGGCACAAAUUUCUUCCUUUUAAAAUGUCCUUUAUCGUGUGGAGAGCUCUCAAAAGAAAAUUACCAUUUGAUGAUAUCAUUGUGAGGUUCAAUAUUGAUAUUGUUUCUAGGUGCCACUGUUGA